UGCUGCCCUUUUAAGAUAGCUGGCAGAGUGUUGACUGUGUAACACUUUUUGUCUUGUUUAUACUUACCGGAUUGAUUUAUACUUGAGCUUUGUGGACACAGCUGCUGUUCUUUCUCCUCUGUUCAUUUUUCUCUGCCUGAACCCUCGAUAUCAUAUGUCUGUCUCGUCCACCAUGCAAACGGUGAAGGUCGUCGUCAUCGGGGCCGGCGUGGUCGGCUUCUCCACUGCCGUGUGCAUCGCCGAGGCUCUUCCUUCCUGCUCGGUCACUUUAAUGGCGGACAAGUUCAGCCCGGACACCACCAGCGACGGAGCCGCUGGGAUCCUGUUUGCUGCACAGUUCCCAGAUGUCCCUCUGGAGCGACAGAGGCGCUGGUUCAGGGACUCCUUCGAUCACCUGUUGGCCGUUGCAGAAUCCAAACACUCACCUGAGGCCGGGGUCCUACUGACCUCUGGGUGGCAAAUUUUCAAGGAAGUUCCCCAUGAGAAGAGACCGUUUUGGUCCGAGUUCGUGCUCGGCUUUCGGCUCAUGACGGAUCGUGAGCUAAAACGAUUUCCAGAUCACAAGUUUGGCCACGCUUUCACCACCAUCAAGUGUGAAUGCUCCUCCUAUCUGCCGUGGCUGGAGAAAAGAUUCAGAAAAGCCGGAGGCCUUGUGGAAAAAAAGAAACUAAACAGCCUUCGGGAAUUGAGCAAAAGCUUUGACAUUAUCGCCAACUGUGCCGGCCUGGGCUCCAAAACGCUGGUGGGAGACCCGCAGGUCUACCCAGUCAGAGGCCAGGUCCUUAAGGUCCGAGCCCCCUGGCUCCAACACUUCAUCCGGGUUGCAGAUGGAAAGACCUACAUCUACCCCGGGAUGCACAGCGUCACCAUCGGGGGCACGCGGCAGGCGGACGACUGGCGUCUGGAGGUGGAUGGAGGAGACACGCAGAGCAUCCUGGAGCGCUGCAGCCAGCUGGAGCCGUCGCUGAAGGAGGCCGAGGUGGUGGGCGAGUGGGUCGGUCUGAGGCCCAGCAGGAGGAACCCGCGGGUGGAAAAGGAGAUGGUUCAGAUGAACGGUCGCUCGGUGCCCGUGGUGCACAACUACGGCCACGGGGGCUGCGGGGUCACCCUGGCCUGGGGCACUGCCCUGGACGCCCUGGGGCUGGUCAGACAGUGUCUUCAUCAGAUGCCUCCAAAGGCAAAAUUGUGACGUUUCUGACGCUAAGAGCACAUUGGCGCUAAGGCCUUGUCUACGCUGACAACAUUUUAGCUGCAAUUUUUAAUUUCUUCACGCAUCGAGUCAUCAUCUCUCAGCUGCCUACUAUGGCUCCGUGCACACUCACGACUGGAGUCACUCCGAUUCGAUCCAGGUUUUCAGGCUUUUAACUCUGUUUUCUGUUAAACCUGUGCACGUAAAUGUGAGGUUGUAUUUCUACACCCUCCCUCCAAUAAAUGUAUU